ACGGAAUAUUUACGACAAUCGCAAAUUGGCGGUUGCAUAAGAUACACUCACUGUCGACAUUUUAUUGGUCUCCUGAAUGUAACGUUGCGUAAAUAUCAUAUCACUGUUUAGUCUGCAGAUAUGGCUGGGAGGCUACUGACUUCACAACUGUGUAUCAUCACAGAGAGCAGAGGUGCUGAUAGACUAUUCCGCAGGCUUCUGCCCACAAAGUUAGUGCUAAAGUGCCAGAGCCUUUCAACCACUGCAGCAAGACUUGGUAGGAAACCAGAAGAGGAAGUGGAAGAGGACCCAGCACCUUUGAAGUUCACCGGCAGUAAAGGUGCACAGUGGAAGGUGGCACAGACUAUGAACCUCAACAAGAACCGGCCAAUGAGGAAAAUCAUCCCUGUGUCCCUUACCAUCACUGCUUUCCUUCUGUACUUCUGUGUAUUCCGCAAGGAAACAUGGUUGGAUGAAGAACUGGACAAAAACUUGUAUCAGAGGAUGCCAGGGUUGUUGUCAUCAGUGGAGGAGGAAGAUGAGGAUACUGGAAGUGUUUUAGGAAAAGAUGUGUCUGCAACAAAUAAUGUUACACCUUCUACAUAGCAAAUUUCGUAGAUCUGUAGGGGACUGACAAACCAGCAACCUCAAACUGCUGUUUUAUGCUAGUUAUUUUCACUUCCAAGUCAUAUUGUUAUAAACCUUUAGAUGACAGUGUAUUAGGCGACCUAGGUUACCUCAGGUACUGUAAUUUAUCAGUUCCUUGGCUAAGAUGCAGUGAUAUGGGAGCAGUUCUCCCAUUAUAUACAAGGGGGAGCUUUAGUCAUAUUCUAAUACUAUUACAUGGAAUAAAAGACUAUGUGUACGUGUACGUCCAUGAAUAAUUCCAUCAGGUUGGCGAGUUCCUUAAUCUCAAUCACAACCACUUUUCAAGAGCCAACAAUUCGAUGACCAUCUGUCAGUGAUAUUAGCCCUGAUGAAAAUGAGUCUUGUCAUGUAAUCAUCAGCUUGUAAAAAAAAAGAAGCAAUUGUGAUUGAAGAACUUAGCUAUUCAAGCCUGAUUAUGAUUUGAUAAAACCAAUAAACUUUCCAGCUGAUAAAAAUAACAAGUAUUGCCACCAUCUGUCAUUUUGUGCAGUGUUACUUACUUGCACUUUUAUCCAUCCAUAAGACAGGCUCUAAUGCUACCUUUGCCUAAGAAAUAGUUCAACCUCUCAUUGAUUUUCUGCAGUGCAGUCAAGUCCUAUCUAUAAAAGCAUUGUUACAUUGAAAUUGGAUUUUUGCUGUUUAUUUGACAAUUGUCUACCUCACGAACAUAUUGUUACAAGUAUUGCUGGAAAUUUGUUACUGUCAUGAGUGCUCACGCCAUUGAUUUGUACGGACUGUCGAAAUGACACCUGAUAAGUGGUGAAGCAUGGCACUACAGGCAUUUAAUUGCCAGUUGCUGGGGAGUGAUAAGGCAAGAUUAAGGGCCAGGUAGACAUUUAGUACCAGUUUUAUGGUAUAUCAAAGUACAUGACCCAAUAAUUUUGGUUGAUUGGAACAUGAUUUAUGAUAGCAUAGCUUAGGCGAUAUGAUACAGACCCAUUGGGAUUAUUUUGUGGAAGAAACAACUAGUUAAUACUUAUGCAUAUACUCCUCUACUUCAACUGAUCACAAUUGGCACAUGCCUGUGAUAAUUUGCCACAAAAAAUAUAGUCCUAUCUCUCAGGAAUGGUACCUUUUGCUUAUCCAACAUUGUUACUUUCCAUUCUUGUUUUCCAACAGUAUGAAGAUCUAAAAAAAACACCCAUAGCCUGGUAUAGUGUGGAAGGUGAAUAUGUUUAUUACAGACAUCUACACAGAUGCGAAAGACAACACAGAAGUGACAAGAAGGUACCAGUACCUCAGCACUUAGUGGGAGGCUGAUGUAGUAAAACCUGAUUUUGUUGUAGUCUCAAAGCUGCCAGUGUCACACAGGAAAUUGUCAUAGAAAUCUAACCUGCAAUCCUUGACUUCGCGUCUUUAUGUGGACGAGAGUAUACAGUUGACAGAUCUAAUAGUGCACACUAAG